UGAGCAACUUCCUCCGUUCUAAUCAUUUUAACACUCGCCGAAUUCGAGGGGAAUUGGAGUUUCGCUCCCCAUCGAUCGAUAGCCAACCAACCUUCCUUCACCUCGACGUUCCUACGUCCGAUCGAGCCUUCUUUUCUGAACCUUAUCUAAGCUCUAUUUCAACUCGUCUCGCAUCUGCCCCCGUGUUAAUCCAAUCCUUUUCGGGCUGUUCCCCAUACCCUCAUACAUCUUGUGGGGGGAAGAGAUCAAUGACAGUCCAAGUGGUUCUUCAUACAUGAAAGAAAAUGUUCAUGAGAAUUCGUCAAGGGUGCCUCCUGUACAGAACGUGUAUGGCAUACAGAUUACAGGGUAACUCUGCAGAAAAUGAAAGUAGAUGAUGUAUAAUUCCAGAAAUGGAGGUGCUGUAUGAAUAUCUUGCUUCUGUAGGAAUUAGUUAAAUUAAGUAUCCAAAUUGAGAUUUACUUAUUUCGCAACGACCAAUUAUAACUUCUGUCGCAAAAACCGAACUUCGGGCAAAUAAUCCCAUCAGCUCUUCCCUCCUCUCUCCUGCGACUUUAUCCGGAUAGAUCGCAUGAAAAUGAGGACAAGAGAGAAAGAACAUCAUCGUCGGUCUCAUCGUAUUCUCACUCCUCCGUCCUCGCCCUUCUCCUCCAAGAACCAUUCUUUCCAUGCAACGGUCUUGCCGGUGCUCCUCCCUCUGCCUCCGCCGUCCUCCUCAUGGCGUGUCUGCCGUCCCUCUCUCUCGCCGCCACACUCCGGCUCGACCCAUCUUCGCUGCGCUCGAGAAUCUCCGGUUGCGUCUCUCCUCUCGCUGUGGGAAAGCCUCCGGGCAUUUGUUGUGGAACGAAUAACACCGACGCUAGCCCGAGCGGUACUCUGGAGGACGAGUCUUUAGACUUCAGAGAAGGGCUCUCCGUGUUAGAAGAUGGGACAGAAACCGGAUCCUUUGAUUGUGUUCCCCUUUUGCAAGAAUGCAUGGACAGGCGUUUGGUUUCGGAUGUGGAAGCUGUUCAUGCCCACAUCAUUAAAACAGGAGCCCAGGAGGAUUUGUUUGUCAUGACGUUCCUUGUGAAUGUUUAUGCGCAAUGCGGGGCUAUGGGUGCUGCCCGAAAGGUUUUCGACAGUCUGCCGAGGAGAAAUGUAGUCGCUUGGACAACCCUGAUCACGGGUUACGUCCACAGCUCUGAGCCGGAGCUCGCCAUCCGAGUCUACCUGGAAAUGUUGGAGGCAGGAUCUUAUCCUACCAAUUAUACCUUGGGAAUCGCUCUUAAUGCGUGUUCCUCUUUGCAAUCUCUAGAACUGGGGAAACAAAUUCACGCCUACAUAGUCAAGUACCGGAUUGAACACGAUCCGAGUAUUGGCAAUGCACUUUGUAGCUUGUACUCCAAAUUUGGCAACUUGGAUUAUGCGGUUAAAACUUUCAGAGGUAUUACGGAGAAGAAUGUGAUUUCCUGGACUGCUGUUAUAUCUGCUUGCAGCGAAAAUGGCGAGGCUGCUUACGGGUUGGGUUUUUUCAGUGAGAUGCUUUGGGAGAAUGUUGAACCCAAUGAGUUCACCUUAACUAGUGUUUUAAGCCUUUGUUGUACAGUGAUGUCAUUGAAUUUAGGGAAACAGGUUCACUCCUUGAGCAUAAAGCGUGGUUAUCAAUUGAACCUACCAGUUAGGAAUUCUGUGAUGUAUUUGUACCUCAAAUGUGGGUUGGUAGACGAGGCAUACAAAUUGUUAAAUGACAUCGAAUCCGCCAGCUUGGUCACGUGGAACGCCAUCAUUGCAGGGCACGUGCAAAUUAUGGAUCUUGCAAUGGACAAUCUUUCUGCAUACCAAGGUGGGACAAGAGCUCUGGAGAUCUUUUUGAGAAUGAUCCGCUCUGGCCUGAAACCUGAUCUUUUCACGUUUUCAAGUGUCUUGACUUUAUGCAGUAAAUUGGUAGCGCUAGAGCAAGGGGAGCAGAUUCACGCGCAGGCUACCAAAACCGGGUUUUUGUCAGAUGUGGUGGUGGGAACUGCCCUGGUUAACAUGUACAGUAAAUGUGGGAGCAUUAGGAGAGCCAGUAAAGCUUUUGUGGAGAUGUCUACCAGAACUUUGAUAUCAUGGACUACCAUGAUCACGAAUUUUGCCCUUCACGGUAAAACUCAGCAAGCCCUGCAGCUCUUUGAGGACAUGAGACUUGUGGGUGUCAGACCCAAUCAAAUUACUUUUGUUGGCAUCCUCGCGGCUUGUGGUCAUACUCUAAUGGUAGAUGAGGCCCUGAACUACUUUGAGAUGAUGCAGAAGGAAUAUAGAAUUAAGCCUGUGAUGGACCACUUUGAGUUGCUGGUUGACAUGUUUGUGAUGUCAGAUAGGUUAGACGAGGCGUUUGAUUUAAUCAAGAAAAUGCAUUAUGAGCCGAAUGAGUUUAUCUGGUUGGCUUUAAUUGCUGGAGCUAGAAUUCAUGGAAAUCCGGAAUUAGGGCUUUAUGCAGCUGAGCAGUUAAUCAAGCUAGAGCCAAGAGAUAGUGAGACUUGCAUAUCAUUAUUGAGGUUGUACAGAGCAGCCGAGAGGUGGAUAGACAUGUUGAAUGUGGAAAAACUGAUGAGAGAGGAGCAACCCUUAAAACUAAGAGACCAAAGCUGGAUUUGCAUCAAAGGCAAGGUCUAUUCGUUCGAGCCAAACGAGCAGUCCUGUCCUGGUAAUAAGAUAGAGAUGCGCAUACUGUUGGAAGACUUGCUUGGCCAAGCAAAGACACUUGGAUAUGAAUUUUUGGGGAGUUCGGAGCUAAUGGAUAAUGAGGACGCAAAUGUAACCUCUAGGAUUCACCAGAGCGAAGAAUUCGCUCUUGCUUUUGGAUUAUUGAACACAAAAAAAGCCGCAACAAUACAUAUUAUCAAGAAUACUAGUAUGCGCAGAAACUGCCAUGAUUUUAUCAAAUGCCUAUCGAUUCUAACUGCUAGGAAAAUUGUCAUCCAAGAUCGGAAGCGGCUCCAUAAGUUUGUUGAUGGAAAGUGCUUGUGUGGAGAUUUUUGGGGCCUUCUUUGAAAUUCUUCACUUCCCUCGUACCAAUAUGAUCUGGAUGGCCUGCUAUAAUAAGAAAGCUAACCGGUUGCUAAACAGGAACAAUCUGUCGCUCAGCAAAUAGACAUAUUCUUCUCAAUUCUUUCACACAACAACAGAGCACAAUGCAGAGCAAAAAUGCCGUACGAGAAAAUUCGAUUCUUCCACAAGAAUACAGAUACAAUUCUCAACAGAUCAAGUCAGUUCUAUACGAUUUUGCAGCUCCUCUUUAUUUCUGGCCUUCUUGGAUGCGAACUGAAAGAUAUAUGCUUUCCGCGGACUUCAUGAAUAGAUAGCGGGAAAUGCAGGCAAUCAACCAAAUGACUGUAGACACUAUACAGUCUUGAGUCCUAUACAUCAUUAUGUAAGUUAGAUAACACCGUACGAAACAAGUGUUUGGUCCAUUACAUAAACAUGGUUUUUUUUUGGUCGGACAUUACAUAAACAUGUUUAAGGAACAGUCUUUUGUAUGUAGAUAUUUAAAGUCUUGAAUAACAAUCUAUGAGAAGUAUAAGGAUGCUGA